AUGAACGACACCACGACCACGGGGCCUCCCAGGGAUGGCGGUGUCCCCAUUGACCCUCCCAAAGACGGAGGCGCCCCCAGUAGCCCUGCCAGAGGCACUGGUGCCCCAGGGGCUCUCCCAGGGACAGCGGUGCUUCUAGGAGCACUCCCAGGGACGGCGGCGCCUGCAUGGGUCGUGCCUGGGUCGCCUGCUUCCCAAGGGGCCUCCUCUGGUGUGCUGGCUCCUCCAGGGAAUCUCCCAGAUACAGUGGCGGUCCCAGGGGCCCUCCCAGGAAACGGCGGCUCUUCCAGGGGCCGUUUCUCCGGGGGUAGCACCCCCAGGGGUCCUCUCAAGGGUGGUGGCGACCCCAGGCGGUGGCGUCUCCAGGGGCCCUCCCAGGGUCGGCUGUGCCCCCAGGAGCCUUGCAGGGGUCAAUGGCGUGCCCUCUCAGGGACGGUAACGCUCCCAGGGGCCCUUCCAGGGACGGCUGCUCCCACAGGGACUUUGCCAGAGACACUGUCGCCCCCAGGGGCAGGUAUUUUUCCACUUAUUAGAACAAUGGGGCCCUCUCAGGAACGCUGGCCUCCCCUGCGACUCUCCCAGGGGCCCUCCCAGGGACGACAGAGCCCCAGGUCCCUGCCAGAGGCACUUGCAACCCCCAAGGGCUCUCACAAAGAGAUUGGCGCUCCCAGGGGCUCUCCCCGGGGUUCUCCCAGGAGCCCUCCCUGGAACAGUAAUGCUCUCAGGGGCCGUGCCAGGGGCGGUAGUACCCAUAGGGUCCCUCUCAGGGGCGGUGGCGUCCCCAGGGGCCCUCCCAGGGACGGAUGCGCCCCGAGGGACCUUGCCAGGGACACUGUCGCCCCCAGGGGCUCACCCAGUGACAACAGUGCUUCCAGGAGCCCUCCCGGGCAAAGUUAA